AUGUUCAAAUUACAAUCAAGAAAUAUCAGCCUCAGUGCCAUAACCAGAGCAGCUGUGCCAGGAAAAGGUAAGGCCCAAGGUUUCUCGAAGAAAAAAGGUUCAGAACGUAAGUCUACUACCAAAAGAAUCACUGACAAUACAUUGUACAAGAAAUGGAUCAAUACUGUCCAUACGGCCAAAUUUAACAGAAAUGCGCCAGUUAUGUCUCUUCCAAAGUAUACUCCAAAUGACAUGGAUUCCUGUGUCGGAAAAGUUGUCAAAUUCUCUGAGCAGCAGUGCAAAUCAUUACACCAUCUAGGCUCAUUCAAAAAAGAUCAAUUCAAUGAAUUAUUUAAUGCUCCUAUAUCACUUAUACGACAUGAAUCAGCAAAUCUUCAGGAGUCUAUAACCAAAUCGAAAUCAAAAAGAAUCAUAAUAACGGGGGAACCUGGUAUCGGUAAAACCACUCUAUUAAGCCACAUCCAUGCAAACGCAUUGGGUUUAAAUAGUAUAGUGAUUAAUAUCUCGUAUCCUCAAUUGUUUCUUAAUGGCAGAAACGAUUUUUUUCUCGAUGAAGAAUCAAAACUUUAUAUUCAACCCAUGUACCUAAAGAAAUUUAUAAGAAAGAUUCUGAAGGCAAAUGAUGAGAAGAUAUUAGCAUCAGUGAAAUUAUCUGAUUCUUAUACAUUUUCUAGAACUACAAUGAAAGGUGCUACAAAUAUAACCCUACAUAGAGGUAGUAGCACUUUGUUUGACUUAUUAUCUUCAUCAGUAAACGCCAAUGUUCGCGGUAAACAAUACCAAGCCAUCAUGAAAGAGUUAUAUGGCCAACCAAACAUUCCUAUUUGUUUUACUAUUGACAAUUUCUCGAGCAUUCUGACUCAACCCUUUUCUGAAUAUAGAGACGUCGAAAAUAAAAACAUUUAUGCACUUGAUCUUCAAAUUGGAAAAACAAUAAUGGACCUAGUUAGUGGCGAAGUCCCAUUCUUGAACCCGAAGAGUUGUUUGGUUAUGGCCAUAUCAGGAGUAGAUAGAACCAACAGGACUCUACCUGUAGCUUUAGGCAAAUUGCCAGAAGACCCAUAUGUAACAAGAUAUCAUUACGAACCAAACUUUGCAAAAAUAAUGAAAAAAGGCAUGGUAGAGGAGUUCGAAGUUACAAAAAUGGGUAAGGAUGAAGUAAGAACUCUACUUCGAUUUUAUUCAGAUGCCAAGAUAAUACUUAAGAGAGAGCUGCAAACCAAGACACUCGAAAACUUAAGUGAGGAAAAAUAUUUCUUAAGUGGUAACGGAAAUCCUAGAGAACUUUUGAAAAGCAUUGUACUAACCCAUAAGUAG